GUUUGUAAUGCCUGAACAGAGAUCAAUAUAGAUCGUUUUUUUGUUUCGUACCGUAGCAGAUAAGUUAUUUAACAUGUUCAUAAUGUUAAUACCGCUUCUUAAAUAGAGUUGUAGAUAUGUUUCAAUGUUGUUUUGAAUUAUUGCCAUUAUCUAAAUGGAGCCGGAGAGAAAUGAGGGUAAAACGAUGCGAGCUCAGAAACACAACAACAGGGAUAAAUGGAUGUCUCUCACCCCCAUGGUCAACAGCUGCAAGUUGCACAUCACUGCUGCCAAAGCAACAGAGAGAGCCCAGAGGAUGACUGAAUCUCACGAACUUGUAAAAGACACGAACAUGAAUCACGGCCAAACAACAAAUUUUUACCAAGAGAGAAGGUUGCAUUCUUCCAGAAGACUUGUCCACACUCCUCCAGUGCCAACAUUUGCCAGCGACUGUACAGACUCCCCUCUACAUAAUGUAGUGCCACUAGCCUGUGGUGCUCAAAGUGGUUUGGAUGCAGUUUCACAUUCCUCACAAGAUGCAAGAGGAAAGUCCAGAGGGCUAACCAAGUCUGCAGGGGCCUCGUUCUACCGUAAUGCCUUAAACCUUGCCAAGCCUGCAGGUGGUUCUGGAGGAUAUAAUGCAGUUCCUGGUAAUGCCUUCACUCAAUUACCCGGUGACAGCUUUGUUUCCAAUUUUCAACGAAUCGACUUAGACAGGCGCUGUCUGGAGGAAUGCCCCCAGCUGGGCAGUAUGGAUGAACUCCAGCUUCUCAACCUGCAGCACAAUCUAAUCACAAAGGUCCUGCAUCUGUCACAUCUGCAGCAGCUGGUUUUCCUGAACCUGUACGACAAUCACGUCUCUGAGAUGACUGGCAUCGAAUCUCUAAGCUCUCUCAGGAUCCUCAUGCUGGGGAAGAACAGAAUCCAUAAGAUCUGCUGCCUGGAAAGCCUCUCCAAACUGAACAUCCUGGAUUUACAUGACAACCAG